AUGAAAGCUGCCAAAGAGAUACCCAAGGUAGUCGACGAAGAGGUAGUCGAGGAGACGGAGACACUUUCAGAAACAUGCCGCCAAUUACAAUCCGAACUGAACGCCACCUUAAAGCGAAAUGAGCUGCUUGAGAGCAAGAUGGAAUCAAUUCAAGAGCAAGUGUCUACUCUCAAGAUGAAUGCAAGCAAGACCAUACAGCACAAUGAUUUACUUGAGAUCAAGAUGGAUUCACUUGAAGAACGAGUGACAGCUCUCGAUAUGAUGGUAAAAAACACUAUUUGGGAUGAAAUAGACUCGAGAAUGACAUCGGACAACUCUUGGGAAGGCAGUGAUGGCCAUUCACAAUUGAAGUUGGUUUCUGAUAGCGAAGAAGAUGGAUGGGAAGAGGACAGUGAAUCAAGUUCCCAGCUCGAAGCCGAGAUUAGCGCAGUGCGCCAAGACCUUUGUAAACUUGCCGGGAUUGACCAGUGUUUACCCUGA